AUUUAGUAUUUUUUUUAAUAACCAAAAUUCGUAAUUUGCUUUCUUUUUUCACAAGAAUUGCACCCACUACGCAGGGGCAAAAUGGUAAAAAUUUGGAAAAACCGCCUCAAAACCUUCUGUAGGAGAUGCCAUAUUCGGGGCGAUGAUACCGAUGCCUCUCUCUUUUCUUUAAAUAUAAACCCUCACCCGUCUCCAUUGACUCUAUUCAACUCCCGUUUUCCCAAUUUUCUCUAAAAUCUUCGUUUCUUAGAUCUCAAAUCUCGCAACCAUGUCUUGCUACAGAGGAAAGUAUGCCGAUGAACUCAUUGCCAAUGCUGCCUACAUCGGAACCCCUGGAAAAGGUAUCCUCGCUGCUGAUGAAUCAACCGGAACAAUCGGAAAGCGUCUAUCCAGCAUCAAUGUUGAGAACAUCGAAUCAAACAGAAGAGCACUUCGUGAACUCCUCUUCUGCACUCCCGGUGCCCUUCAAUACCUCAGUGGAGUCAUCCUCUACGAAGAAACUCUCUACCAAAAAACCGCAGCAGGCAAACCAUUUGUGGAUGUAAUGAAGGAAGCCGGAGUUCUCCCAGGAAUCAAAGUCGACAAGGGCACAGUCGAGCUAGCCGGAACCGACGGUGAAACCACCACCCAAGGGCUUGACGGUCUAGCCCAACGGUGCGCCCAGUACUACACCGCUGGUGCCCGGUUCGCUAAAUGGCGCGCGGUUCUCAAAAUCGGCCCAAACGAGCCUUCACAGCUCGCGAUAAACGAAAACGCAAACGGUUUAGCGCGAUACGCGAUCAUCUGUCAAGAAAACGGUUUGGUCCCAAUUGUGGAGCCAGAGAUUCUUGUUGACGGGUCCCACGACAUUAACAAAUGCGCGGAUGUAACUGAGCGCGUAUUGGCAGCUUGCUACAAGGCUUUGAAUGACCAUAAGGUGCUUCUUGAAGGAACUCUUUUGAAACCUAACAUGGUGACACCUGGAUCGGAUGCGAAGAAGGUGGCGCCGGAGGUGGUGGCGGAGUACACGGUUAGGGCUUUGCAGAGGACGAUGCCGCCAGCGGUUCCGGCGGUGGUGUUUUUGUCGGGUGGGCAGAGUGAGGAGGAGGCGACGGUUAAUUUGAACGCGAUGAAUCAGUUUAAGGGGAAGAAGCCGUGGACUUUGACUUUUUCUUUUGGGCGUGCUCUUCAGCAGAGUACUUUGAAGGCGUGGAGUGGGAAAGAGGAGAAUGUUGGGAAAGCUCAGGCGGCGUUUUUGGCAAGGUGUAAGGCGAACUCUGAAGCUACUCUUGGGAUUUACAAGGGUGGGUCUGGGUUGAGUGAAGGUGCUUCUGAGAGUCUUCAUGUUAAGGACUACAAGUACUAAAUAAUACUAAGGUUUGUUUCUUGUUUCUUGUUUCUAUUCUCGGGAAUUCUUGUCGCAUUUGUGUUUUGAUUUGAGGAUUUUGUGUUAUGUUUUGAACUUGUGGUGGUGGUGGUUAUAAUAAGCAUGAGAAACAUCUGCCUAUUCAGGUUUUGUUUAUAUAUUUUACGGUUUAGGUUUUCAUGAUUAUUUUGUCAUUGAUUUUUUCCUUUUUUGCUUGGCUGAUGUUUAUUAAUCAUAUUAUUUUAAGAUAUUUUUAUUCCAACUUUUAUGAAAUUUAAAUUGAUUUUUGUGUUGUGAAAACAGGAAAUGGCAUUGCGUAUUCAUAUAUGAAAACAGUCGUCUUAUAAAAAAUAUCUAAUAUUAAAUAUGAUAUUAAUAAUUAAUCAAUAUCAUAACACCAUGUUAAAUAACUUCCUAUUUACAAAUAUCUGUUGUGAUAUUUUCCUCGGUU